AUGGGUGGUUUAUACUUAUUAGAUUAUGGAGCAGGAAAUGUACGUAGCUUGGCAAAUGCUUUAAAUCGGCUAGAAUAUGAAUUUAAAUGGGUUAAAAAACCUGAGGAUAUUUUAGAAGCAGAUAAAUUAAUUUUUCCGGGAGUAGGUGCUUUUGGCAGUGCGAUGGAAUUAUUAGCAUCAAAAAAUUAUGUCGAACCUCUAAAGCAAUAUAUAAAAUCAGGAAAACCAUACAUGGGGAUUUGCGUCGGUUUACAGACUUUAUUCCAUGGUUCCGAGGAAAAUCCCGAUGUUCCUGGUCUGUGCAUUAUUCCGGGUACUGUAAAGCUUCUUAAUAAAACUGAUAAAGCCGUUCCACAUAUGGGAUGGAAUGAAGUAUUUUGUGUCAGGAGGAUCAACGGAGUUAACGAAGACUAUCCGCAAGAUAAUCACCAUGGCAUUGAGCAAGGAACUGUCUAUUACUUUGUCCAUUCUUAUGCUGUACCCUUCACAGAUGAACUCAAGGAAUGGACACUCGCGACAACUCAAUAUGGGAAAGAAAUUUUUAUUAGCGUAAUUCAAAAAGAUAACAUUCUCUGUACUCAAUUCCAUCCAGAAAAAAGUGGAUAUGCCGGUUUAAGAGUUCUAAAAUCCUUUUUACAAGGGAAAGGCAUUGUAAAUAAUACCAGCGGGCAAUUCAUAAUAAAAAAUCCAGAAAUCUUACCACGAGAUCGGUUUACCAAAAGAAUUAUCGCAUGUUUAGACGUGCGGACUAACGAUCAAGGUGAUUUGGUCGUUACUAAGGGCGACCAAUAUGACGUUCGCGAGUGUAAUGAUGGCUCUGGAGUUUCAGGACAGGUUCGCAAUCUUGGAAAACCUGUUGAUUUAGCACGUCGAUAUUUUGAUGAAGGUGCUGAUGAAAUUACAUUUUUAAACAUUACGAGCUUUCGAAAUUGCCCGCUCACGGAUUUACCAAUGUUAGAAAUUCUAAAGCGUACUUCUGAAACUGUUUUUGUUCCUUUAACUAUUGGCGGUGGCAUAAGAGAUGUAAUUGACCCUGAUGGUAAAUUUCAUUCUGCACUUGACGUUGCAGGAGAAUACUUUAGAUCAGGGGCAGAUAAAGUUUCUAUUGGUAGUGAUGCUGUGUACGCUGUAGAAAAAUAUCUCGCAAAUGAUAAGAAAUUAUCAGGAAACACUGCAAUCGAAACUAUCGCUCGUGCCUAUGGGUCCCAAGCAGUUGUAAUUUCUGUAGAUCCAAGACGCGUUUACGUUGAUUCUCCAGCUAAUGCGAUGGGACAUCACGUUAUCCCAACAUCAUACCCCGGUCCCAAAGGGGAAACUUGGUGUUGGUAUCAAUGUACCGUGAAAGGCGGUCGUGAAGGUCGAGACAUUGAUGUUCAUCAACUAGUUACUACCUGUGAAGCCAUGGGUGCUGGCGAAAUUCUCCUUAAUUGUAUGGAUAAAGAUGGGACCAAUUCUGGGUACGACUUAGAAUUAAUACAAGAUGUAAAAAAAGCGGUCAAUAUACCGGUUAUCGCAUCAAGUGGUGCAGGACGAGAAGAACAUUUUGAGAAGGUCUUUGUUGAAACCAAUGUAGAAGCCGCUCUUGCUGCUGGCAUAUUUCAUCGGCGCGAAGUACCAAUUCAAAGUGUUAAAAACUAUUUAAAAGAAAGAAAUAUAUUGGUGCGAAAUAUAGUUUCCACUUUAUAA